UUCGUUUUAAAGUCUAGAGUCCUAGACAUUUCGCACAAUGGCACCCAUCGCAGUCGCCCCCACCACAAACACUGAAUUCGUUAAAAAUCUCAAGGCAUCCGUUGUCUCUCCACUUGAACCCGAUACUCUUCAUGAUGUUAUCGCUCAAGCUGCCGACCACUAUCCGUUGCACGAGCUUGGUUUUAUAACCUCCUCGGCACACGACUCCUCCAUUCAGACAAAGACCUUCAGCACGUUCAACCAAUAUGUUCGCAACCUUGCGCGUGCCAUGCUACAGUGGGGCAGACCCACAGGCUCAGUCGUCGUCGUGUACCUGACGGAACACGAAGACAAUAUGGCUGCAGUAUGGGCGUGUCUAUUGGCUGGCUAUGUGCCCUGCUUGCAGCCUGCACUUAGCGCACAACAGGCGCACAAGGAAGGCCAUGUUGCCCACAUCAAGAACUUAUUUGGGUCUGCUAUUUGGCUGACCAACGAGAUUGAGGCUGAGCAGAUCAGCACCAUCUCUGGUCUGGAGGUUCACCUGCUCUCGGAAUUAAAAUCAUCGGCGGAGAAAUUUACCGUCUCAGCUGACUGGGUUGGGUACGAGGCUAAGCCAGACGACGAGGCAAUCCUGUUCCUGACCUCAGGGUCAACUGGAUUCUCGAAGGCGGUCGUGCACACGCACCGUACGAUCCUUGCUGCAUGUCGUGCCAAGGGCCAAAGCUACGGCCUGACUUCCGAAUCUCGAGUCUUGAACUGGGUCGGAUUUGAUCACGUCGCGGGAUCGUUGGAAAUGCACAUCACACCUUUGUUAUAUGGUGCUUCGCAACUCCACGUGCACGCAUCUGCUAUUCUUGCUGAUCCACUUCGGCUGCUCCGUCUGAUCGAUGAGAAGUCCAUCGAAUUGGCAUUCGCCCCGAACUUCCUGCUCUCCAAGCUAACUCGUGAUCUGGAGAAGCGCACCGACCUCUUUGGAUGUUUCGACCUAUCCUCAAUCAAGCGGAUCAACAGCGGAGGUGAAGCUCUUGUUUCCAAGACCGCGAAAGCGUUCGCUGCCAUGAUGAAAAAGUUUAGCAAAAACUCCGUGUCCUUUGCGAUAUCCCCUGGGUUUGGAAUGUCCGAAACUUGCGCCGGAUGCAUUUACAACCCUGUGGAUGUCCUCGCAACCGAGCCUGCUCACGAGUUCGUUGAUCUCGGACGUCCCAUUAAUGGUUGCGAGAUGCGCAUCGUUAACCCCGCAGAUGGCGUCACCCUGCGCCCUGACGGGGAGAAUGGCGAACUGCAGGUUCGCGGACCAAUGGUCUUUGUACGCUACUACAACAACAUCGAGGCCACGUCCUCCAGCUUUGUUGAAGGCGGCUGGUACCGCACCGGCGACGUUGGCAUCAUCGAGAAUGGUGUCAUGCGCCUGAGCGGUCGUAUCAAGGAUACCCUCAUCGUCCAUGGUGUCUCAUAUGGUAUCCCUGAGCUUGAAACCUACCUGCAAACCGUUGACGGGGUCACACACUCAUUCCUCGGUGCUGUUCCCUACCGCGCUCCCGGCCAGGAGACCGAAAGUUUCAUUAUUUUCUACGCGCCAACUUUCGACCUCGAUGGAGCAGAUGCCUCUGCCAAGCUCUUCGCCACGCAUCGGGCCCUGCGGGAUAUCUCUGUGAAGAUGAUUACCCUGCCACCUCAGAUCAUCAUACCCAUCCCUGUGAACCAGAUGGAGAAGACCACUCUCGGUAAACUGUCUCGUGCCCAUCUGAUCAGUCUCUUCAAGCAAGGCCAGCUUUCGAAGCACAUCACGCGCGCUGAAGAGCUUCUCAGUCAGGCACGAAGCGUUUCCUUCGUCGCCCCGUCCACCGAGACGGAGAAGGCGCUCGCCAAAAUAUUUGCAGGUAUCUUCAACCUCGCGGACAGCGAGGUGUCGGCGAGCGACAACUUCUUCGAGAUCGGCGGUAAUUCCAUUGAUGCUAUCCGCCUCAAGCGCGAAGGAGAGGAACACUUCGGCCUGCCUGAUAUCUCCGCCAUUCAAAUCCUCAAGCACCCCGUUCUCUCGAGCCUGGCGAACUACAUCAACUCCUUGCUCUCCAAGGGCACUCAGACUGAGGAGUAUGACCCCAUCGUUCCUCUCCAACUCAGUGGAAAUAAAACACCGAUUUUCUUCGUCCAUCCUGGUAUCGGAGAGGUUCUCAUUUUCGUCAAUCUCGCCAAAUACUUCCAUAAUGAGCGUCCCUUCUAUGCUUUCCGUGCUCGUGGCUUCGAUGCUGGCCAUCCCUAUUUCACCUCCAUGGAUGAGAUGGUUACCUGUUAUGCCGCAGCAGUCAAGAAGACUCAGGCGACGGGACCAUACGCCAUUGCAGGCUACAGUUACGGUGGUGUUGUUGCUUUUGAAGUUGCAAAGCGGCUCGAGGCCAUGGGCGAUGAAGUGAAGUUCAUUGGUCUCAUCAACAUCCCUCCUCAUAUCGCCCCUCGCAUGAACGAGAUUGAUUGGACGUCCGGCAUGCUCCACUUGUCGUCCUUCCUUGGUCUCCUGUCGAAACAUGAUGCUGAUGAUCUGGCUCCUCCCCUGAGACCGCUCACGAAGCAGGAACAGCUCGAGUUUGUGUGGAAGAUGGCGCCUCCUGAACGAAUUGUCGAGCUCCAGCUGACGCUCGAGAAGCUUGAUAAAUGGGUGGACCUAGCUGGGUCCCUCAUCGAUUGCGGACUAGACUACAACCCAUCAGGCUCAGUUUCCGCACUCGACGUUUUCUAUGCCAUUCCAUUUGCCGGAACAAAGAUUGAUUGGCUCAACAACCAGCUCAAGCCAUGGUCUGGCUUCAGCCGUGGCGAGGCAUUAUAUACUGAUGUGCCUGGGGAACACCACACGCUCAUGGACCUUGAGCACGUCCCGCAGUUCCAGAAGAUCUUCCGCAGCCGUCUCGAAGCUCGUGGGGUGUAGAGGUUUAAACAGAGGGGUAUAUUCCAAUUAGAUCUUUUCUUGAGUCGAUUAUUGUACUAUACUGAGGAUUCCCGGCUCCCAUGGAUAGUGGGGGGAAAACACGUCUCUCUGUAUACUGUUAUUGUAGUUUCUCUUGUUUGUACUAAUGCUCCCCUGUGAUAUGAUUAGACCUUCUGAAUAACUUGGACAUCGGGUUCGACAUCAACGCUAAGCAAAACUAUCAGGCAAGUAUAACACAUACCCAUCUGCUCAUCUUCAUCACAUUGCAGC